UGCUUCUGAAAACCAACCUGGCAUUUCUCUUUCCACCACAAAGCUCACAGCUUUACCCACUUCUAGCUUGUUUUUCUCUCUGCAACCCUACAGCUUCAGUUGAAGAAAAGAAAGGAGAGGGGAAAAGGCGGCGAAGAAAGAAAGAGCAAAGGGAUUCAGCACAUAUCAGAUCAGCCGAUGGUGGUUGAAAAAGAAGAUCUUGGGCUCAGCCUCAGCCUGAGCUCCUCAGAUGCGUUAUGCCCUCUUCAGUCAAACCUAAUGCCGCCUGCGACAUUGCCGACGGAGCAGAGGCUGAUGUUGAUGGGUGGAAUCGACGUUAAUCGGGCUCCGAUGGAGGAGUGGGAGGUUGAGGAUGAUGCCGGUGGUUCUUCGCCUAAUAGUUCUGUGUCGAACACGAGCGCCGGCGGGAAGAGAGGGUUUGGAGUCGCCGGGGGUUUUGUUGUCGGCGGCGAGGUGGUUGAAGGGGAGCAGGAGUGUUCGCGUGGUGGGAGUGACGAGGAGGAUGGUGAGGGCGCGAGGAAGAAGCUACGGUUAUCUAAGGAGCAGUCGGCCGUUUUGGAAGAGAGCUUCAAGGAGCAUAACACGCUUAACCCUAAGCAAAAGCUGGCGCUGGCGAAGCAGCUCAAUCUCCGGCCUCGGCAAGUAGAAGUCUGGUUCCAAAAUCGACGAGCGAGGACGAAGCUGAAGCAAACCGAAGUGGACUGCGAGUUCUUGAAGCGAUGCUGCGAGAAUCUCACGGAGGAGAAUCGCCGGCUUCAGAAAGAAGUGCAGGAACUUCGAGCCCUGAAGCUUUCCCCGCAUUUUUAUAUGCACAUGACUCCUCCCACCACCCUUACCAUGUGCCCAUCGUGCGAGCGUGUCACUCCGCCGCCGCCGGCUGUGACCGGCGAAAAGCGCCUCAUUGCUCGCCCGAUCAACGCUGCCGCUGGCGUCGCUCCUCACUGGGCAUCCUUACCGCUCCGCCCAUCCUUCCUAGACGCGCCACCGCAGCGCCACUGAACUCGCUCGGUAAAAUUGGGAACCUCGCCGGGUUUUCUGGUUUGACCGGAGUUUUUUUUUUUCUCUUUUUCUCGAAGUUCAAUUUAUAUUUGUAGCCUUUUUUUUUUUUUUUUUUUUUUAGUGUGGGAG